AUGCCUACCCAUCAGUUCUUCCGCUUGAAAAACAAAAGCUCCCAACAGUCACCCUCCUCGUUCCACCCCAAACUAUCCUCCAAGCAUGCAUCACUUCUAGUUGAAGAUGAAUCAAACUUGGAGGCUGAUUCGAAUAUCUCUGCUCACAGUUCUGAAGGUCCCUAUGAACUAGGAGCUACAGAAGGAGAGGAAUAUGAUUAUCUGGGAGAUGGUGCUAAUCAGUUGCCGCUGAACAAGGAGGGACCAGCUGGAGGGAAACAGGGGAACAGAAGUAUCCGGACAAUCAUACAGGCAGAUAAAGUGUUUAAAGCUGGAGAAACCGGGAACCACCAGGAGAAGAUGUCGGAAUUUGACAUGGCAGUUCUCCUCCCAAUGCUUGCAGCUCAGCUUAAAGCCAAACUGGUUCUUGCGAACCAGAGGGCAGAUGCUCAGCUGGCACAGCUUUCCAAAGAGGCAGGCACUUCCAAAGCACGGAAACCACCUGCAAGAGAUCCCGACGACUUUUAUGUCUAUACGGAUGAUGAAGAUGUCGAGAUGAAGGUCAUCGAGAUUAAUGACAGUGAUGAAGAAUCCGAUGAUGACGACUUCCGAAUGCCGAUUGACUCGGCGGCGCUUACGACUUCCGCACGCAACGCCCAUGCCAACGCCAGCACAGCCGGCACAUCCACCUGCCAGCCCAACCCCACCGCCGAACACCCGGGACCAGAGCGCAUCCAACCGAUUGAACCCGUCCCCAAGUUCAAUCCUAUCGCGAGCGCCCAAGCCCAACGUGCUGCUUACUACGCCUACCGUCCACAAGACCGUCGGAAAUACCUCCACUUUGGCCAGUCUAACAGGAUAGUCCACCGAGCACCGAGAGCGCCGCGGAAUUCGACGUUGGAUCAUGCGAAGAAGCGGGAGGCAGUUUUGAAAGCGCUGGUGAAGAAGACGAAGGUGGAGCAGGUUGUUCGGCCGACGACGGAUGACCUGUAUCCUUUGAAUAGGAAGAACGGGGUGUUAAAGACUGGCAGCGGGAAUGCACCUUUGGAUUUUAAUCCAAAUGCACCGGCGAAUUCGAAUGCGACGACAAAGGGGAUUCCCAUCGCACGCUUUAUCGAGCGAACUUCGGAUUUGGAACGCUUGCGCGCGAGGAAUGCGAGGGAAGGCAUGGAGGCGAGGAGGGAUAAAAAUUAUAUCAGCACGCUGGAGCUCAACUUACAGUGGUGCGAGCAGCACGAGCGCCAUCCCGAUUUUACGAUUGCGCGGUUGAUCGAUUCGAGGUUGCUCCAAGUUCUGGAUGAUUUCAGACAUGUCAAGAACGGGCCUGGUUUGCCGCAUUUGAAGGAGAGGGUCGUUGCAUUUUGUAGGCGGUGGAGAGAGAAGUUGAGGGAGGUCAAGGUCACGGUUUGA